AUGCAGACAUGCUUCCCUUUUGUUGUUGCUGUCGUUCUGUUCUUCAGUUUUGGAGUUAUAGGAGGGGAGGGUAGAUCACAACUUAGUGGCAUUAGCAGUGAGGUGUGGGCCCGACAGGAGGCUGACCGGGUUACCGGCCUCCCCGGCUCACCGCCGGUGAAUUUCCGGCAAUAUGCCGGAUAUGUUAGGGUGAGCCAGAAGCAUGGGAGAGCGCUUUUCUAUUGGUUCUUUGAGGCCACGGAAAACCCUGAGGAUAAACCUCUCGUUUUAUGGCUCAAUGGAGGGCCAGGAUGUUCAUCAGUAGGAUAUGGUCUUUUAGAGGAGUUGGGACCUUUCCUCUCACAAAAAGGGAAACCAGAGCUGAGGUUCAACAACCACUCUUGGAAUACAGCGGCCAAUUUGUUGUUUCUAGAGCAGCCCGUGGGUGUUGGAUUUUCAUACACAAACACCAGCAGUGAUAUCGGUCGACUAGGCGACAAAUUUGCAGCUCAUGAUUCAUAUAGAUUUCUACUCAAAUGGUUUCAAAGAUUCCCACAAUUCAAGUCCCAUGAAUUCUACAUUGCUGGAGAAAGUUAUGCAGGCCACUAUGUUCCUCAACUCUCAGAACUUAUCUAUGACAAGAACAAAGUUGUUCCAGAGGUUGAUCUAAUAAACUUCAAGGGUCUGCUGAUAGGGAAUGCGGUGUUGGACGACGAAUCAGACCAAACAGGGUUGAUAGACUACGCAUGGCAUCACGCCGUCAUCUCCGACCGCCUCCGCGAUGACAUCAAAGCCGCCUGCAACUUCAGCGCCACCACCUCUUCCGCCGAAUGCGACGCCCAGCUCAACAACUACUUCGCCGUUUACGACAUUAUUGAUAUGUACAGCUUGUACACCCCAACCUGUGUCAGCAACAAAAACAGCACCGCCACGAGGAAGUCGGUUCCUGUCGUACGAGGAAUCGCCCCUCAUGUUUUCUCCAAAAUGGCUGGAUGGCACAAGAAACCAUCAGGUUACGACCCAUGUGCGUCUGAUUAUACAGAAGCAUAUCUCAACAGACCUGAUGUCCAGAAGGCACUUCAUGCCAACGUAACUGGGAUUUCCUAUCCAUGGGCUCAUUGCAGCGACAUUAUCAAUACAUGGAAAGAUGCACCAACCACCAUUCUUCCUAUAAUCAGGAAACUUGCAGCAGCGGGUUUGCGCAUUUGGGUUUUCAGUGGAGAUACUGAUGGAAGGGUACCAGUAACUUCAACAAGGUAUAGUCUCAAAAAACUUGGGUUCAAUAUCACUGAAGAUUGGACUCCUUGGUACACUGAUAAUCAACAGGUUGGGGGGUGGACAAUUGUUUACGAAGGACUAAUGUUUGCGACGAUUAGAGGAGCAGGGCACGAGGUUCCAACUUUCAAGCCAAGGGAAGCACAUCAGCUAGUUACCCACUUUUUGGCCAAUAAGAAAUUGCCAUCCUCACCAUAUUGAUUUUUUUUUUUUUUUGUUUAUAAUGAUUUGAUCACAUUUCCUAUUUGAAUAUUAUCUCUUUUCUCCAA